CUUGGCUGUAAUAAGUGGCUGAUUUUCAGCUUCUAAAGAGAACAGUCGCUAUCCGGAGGAGCCAGACGCAGCAGGAGCGCAAGGGGCUUUCGAGGGCGGCUGAGAACUUGUCCCCUGGCUGCAGCGCCCAAGCAAGAAAGACUCUUUUGGGUUUGCAGGUUGCCAUGGCGUCUGGACCUAUCAUGUUGGUUCCCAUAUGUUUGGUGGAAAACAAGAAUGAACAUCUGUCCGUGAACCAGAAAGCUGUAAGGAUUCUUAACAAGAUUUCUCAACCCGUGGUGGUCGUGGCCAUCAUUGGGCUGUAUCGUACAGGAAAAUCCUACUUGAUGAACUGUCUUGCAAGAGAAAAGACUGGUUUCCCUCUAGGCUCUACAGUGCAGUCUGAAACCAAGGGCAUCUGGAUGUGGUGUGUGCCUCACCCCUCUAAGCAGAACCAUACCCUGGUCCUUCUGGACACCGAGGGCCUGGGCGAUGUGGAAAAAGGUGACUCUAAGAAUGACUCGUGGAUCUUUGCCCUGGCUGUGCUUCUGAGCAGCACUUUGGUCUACAACAGCAUAAGCACCAUCAACAACGAUGCCUUGGAGAAACUGCAUUAUGUGACAGAGCUCACAGAACUCAUCAGGGCAAAGUCUUCCCCCAAACCAGAUGGAGUAAAAGGUGCCACAGAAUUCGUGAGCUUCUUUCCAGACUUUAUCUGGACUGUGCGGGAUUUUACCCUGGAGCUAAAGUUACACGGUCACCCUAUCACAGAAGAUGAGUACCUGGAGAAUGCCUUGAAGCUGAUUCCAGAUGCAAAUCCCAAAGCUAAAAAUUCCAACACAACCAGAGAGUAUAUCAAGCAUUUUUUUCCAAAACGGAAGUGUUUUGUCUUUGACCGGCCAACACAUGAAAAGGAGCUCCUAGCCUGUAUUGAGGAUGUUUUGGAAAACCAAUUAGAUCCUAAAUUCAAGGAACAAUCAAAUAAUUUCUGUUCUUAUAUCUUCACCAAGGCAAGGACAAAGACCCUCAGGGAAGGAGUCAAAGUCACUGGGAAUCGACUGGGGACUCUGGUUGUGACCUAUGUGGAUACUAUCAACAGUGGAGGGGUUCCUUGUUUGGAGAAUGCAGUGACAACUCUGGCCCAGUGUGAAAACUCAGUGGCCAUGCAGAAGGCAGCUGACCACUACAGUGAGCAGAUGGCCCAGAGAAUAAGAUUCCCCACAGACACGCUCCAGGAGCUGCUAGGUGUGCACACAGCCUGUGAGAAGGAAGCUAUUGCAGUCUUCAUGGAGCACUCCUUCAAGGAUGACCAGCAGGAGUUCCAGAAGAAGCUCAUGGAAAUCAUAAAGAAUAAGAAGGAGGGUUUCUUGCUGCAAAAUGAAGAGGCAUCUGUUAAAUACUGCCAGGCUAAACUUGAUCAACUUUCAAAGGUCUUAAUGGAAAGUAUUUUAGCAGGAACUUUCUCUGUUCCUGGAGGAUACAAGCUCUACAGGAAAGCAAAAGAAAGGAUUGAAUGGGACUAUCAGCAAGUGCCCAGGAAAGGAGUGAAGGCGAACGAGGUCCUGCAGAGCUUCCUGCAGUCGCAGGCGGCAAUAGAGAACUCCAUCCUGCAGGCAGACAGAGCCCUCACUGAAAGGGAGAAGGCCACAGCAGUGGAGCGAGCCAGGAAGGAGGCAGCAGAGGAGGAACAGGCAUGGCUAAGGCAGCAACUGUGGGAACAGCAGCAGCAGAUGGAGGCUCAAGAGAGAAGCCUGAAGGAAAAUCUAGCCCAACUGAGAAGGAAGCUGGAGUGGGAAGGAGAGAAUGAUCUGAGAGAGCAGAGAAGGAUACUGGAGCACAUGCUGAUGAACCAAGAGGAGCUGCUUAAUGAAGGAUUUAGGAAGAAAUCUGAGGAGAUGAAUGCAGAGAUAAAUCGUCUGAGAAAUUUGAUUGAGACUACAGAAAAGGAUAAAACUCCCUGGAUUGCACGGGCCCUGAACACCCUUGCCACUGAAGCAUCUGCAAUCCUGUCUAUUCCUGCUAAAGUAGUUGACUGGGGGCUGAAGGGCCUGAGCUCACUGAUUAAAUAGGAUUAGCUUCUCUUUCUUUUAAGGAAAUUAUACAAUGUGCAUAUAUGCUCCACCCUAUUUUUGAUGUGUUUUAGCUUAAAUAGGAUUAAAUUGAAUAAAAGAUAUUCAACCUCACUCAUAAUUAGAGAAAUAAAACUAAACCCACCAGAUAUAAUCUUUCACUUUUCAGAUUGACAAGGAUUAAUAAAUUUGAUACCAAAUUGUGUUAGAAAGGUAUGGAAAAAUAGUCUUAUAUGGGAGUGUAAAGUGUACAAUUUCUAUUUAGAAGUUGUCCUAAUAUUUCUUACAUUUUAAUGUAUUUAUGCCUUGAUUUAACAUAUUCACUUUUAGGAAAAUACAUGGAAAAAUACAUGUUCACUUUUAGGAAAAAAACACACACACACAUAAAUGAGAUUCAUUGAGGUACUUCUUUUAAUGUAAAGAUUGAUAAUAUAAAGUUUUGUACAUACCUGUUGUAGAAUUAUAGAUAGCUAUUAAAUAAUUCGACAAUAGAAGUUACAUAAACUUAUAUAUAAUAUUCUUCAAGAUAUAUUUUAAGGUGAAAAAAAUGAGGUGCAAUACAGUGUGUAUAGUGUGGUGUCUGUGGAAAAAAAGAAUUCAUGAAAACUAGUAACGUUGGUUCCUUCUGAGGAGAACUGGGUGGGAUCAUGAGUGGCAGGGACACAUAGUUUUCAUCAUAUAUUCUAUCUUUUGAAAUUUGUAAAGAAAGCUGGUAUUAUCUAUUUAUAAAUAAAAAAGAAAAUGUGAAGCAUAGUACUACUAAUAAAUACUAAUAGAAAUGUGAAACUGACCACUAGAUGGUAAAUUACUCAUUGCUGAUGUUAUUACAUCAGCUAGUUUAAUGAGGGAUUUAAGGCUAAGAAUCAGAGUGCUGGAAAACACAAAAUUUGCAUUCUAAUCUUGUUUUCAUUUUGGACUUGUUUUUUUAAUCCUUAU